AUGAAAGAAAGCCGCAAGACAUUACUGGUCCUGACCUCCAAUUUUGUGAAGACAGAAUGGUGUAAAUAUGUUGCAGGAUACAGGUUUGAAGAGGAAUUCAAGAAUCGUAUACUCGUUGUUCAGCUGGAGGAGUGUAAUAUUUCCAAAAGCCUUAGACAGUAUAUCCACGGGGUUGAGAUCCUGAAAUAUGGUGAACCACCAGGAGAUUUUUAUCGAACCCUUCAAUUUUUUAUUGACCAUGAUAUUGAUACAAGUACAUCAUCUUCAUUUGGCAGACAGCAACACAUGGAGGGCAAGAAAUAUGACACUGGAACUGAACCAAACAAUGAUUAUUAUGGCGAGCAGUUCAAAGCAGCAUUGUCAGAUGCAAACUAUUGCAGCCAAAAUAAUACAGAUUUGGUAGAUAAAGCUGUCGCAGAAGGAAGUUUAUGUAGCUUCAAUAAAGAUCCAGAGUCAUACGUGGAAAGAAUGAAUAAGAUGGUCGAAAACAGCCCAAACUAUUUACUCCAUAAAAAAUCCUUAAGAAAAGCAAUGCUUUCACAAAACUUAAACUGGGAUAUUCUGGCUGUUAUUAGCUGUAUUAAAGAUGCAGAUUUAAAGGAAAUAGCUUUGAAAAAAUUGGAAGGAGUUCUGCUGGAAAAUGAUCCUCUUUCUGAUGAGCAGGCAAAUGACAGGCUACUUGAGGCUGCUGUCAAAAUUGAGCUUUCUUUGUUUUCUGAAACAAACAGUAACUUUUUGACAAAACGAUUGUCAGUUUAUGGAUGUCUAUUGACGUGCAUUCUUUUGCAUGUAUGGCAGCAGCAUAUCUAUCCACCUAGUCACUGGUUGUCUAGGCUAGGUGAAAAAGUUCUGCCAUUUUUAGAGGAUGCCAAACGAAGUAAGAGUGCUAGGAACAAAAGACAAAAAUACACAAUUGAUUUUUGUCUGUUCGUCAUACGCAGUUUGAGGUUUGAAAGUGGACCUGAAAUGCAGGACCAGUGGAAAGUAUUCCACAAAUUUGUAACAUCUGAUGAUAUUUCCCACCAUACCAUUAACUGGAAAGAUGUUCUUGGGACACAUCUGAUGAAUAAAAACUCAGAGUGUUGGUUUUAUUUCAUUAAGGUGAUUCUCCAGGCCUUCACAGGACUCCAGGCAAGAAAAAAAGUACAGGAGACCAGAAAAAGAAGCUUUGCAUGUCUUCCCCUUCAUGCAAUGGCAUACAUGCUGAAAAAGUUCAAGCCCAACUGCUUGUACCAUGAAGAAACUAUUCUUCAGUGUGCUCAAAUUUUGAGCAGGAUGGCAUGCCAGCCAAAAAAUGAAAUGGCAAGGUCUGUGGUGUUUGGCUGUACAGAAGCAGGUUCCCCAGAUAAUGGUCUUAGGCAUCUGUUUGACACUGUUCAAGAGAGUAAAUACCUCAAAGAAGCUCUUUCAGAAGUCAUUAGACCCAUCCUAUCUACAUCAGAAGACCAAACAAUCAAAACUGUACUGCUUGAAAAAAUCUUACCAAGAGAUUGCAGAACAGAAGAAAAGAGGAAAGAUUUAGUGAUGACCGCAAUUGUCGAAAAAUUAACUGAGCAUUACACCCUUAUGGGUCAGAGUUUGGCAAUUGACUUGAAGCCACAGUUGAGUCAAGCACAAAAUGAUAUAUUUCGCCUUGAUGGAAAAUUAAAUGGAAACCCAGUGACAGCUGUUAUUUUGAAUACAUUUAAAUGUGGUGAUGUUUCUCAGAUUAAAAAGGAGGAAAAGCUGAUCAAGAAACUUACACACAAGAACAUCCCUAAAUUGGUGGAAAAGAUGGAGGGAGAUGGAAUUCCAUUCCAUUUUAUCACUGAAAGAGCAAAGGGAGAAAAUCUCCAGACCUUUCUUUUGCAGAAACGCAAAGAUCCAGAUUCAUUUCCCUUGCCUGAUCGCAUGAAACUGGCAACAGGGCUCUGUGAAACACUUCACUAUACCACACAUUCAGAGUGUGUACUUAGAAACCUUUCUGCCCAGACCAUCAUGAUAAUGAAAGACGCCCGGAGGCAAUAUCAGCCUAAAAUUGUAAACUUUCAGCAAGCUUUAACAGUGCAAGGAGGAAAGCUUGCACCAGGAACCAUGAGAGACAAAAUACCCGUGAGAUGUUCUGCACCAGAAGCUUUCCUAAAAAAUGAAUUUUCAGAGAAAACAGAGGUGUACAUGUUUGGAUGUCUGUUGCUUGAGAUUUUCACUUUGGGUAGCCCAGCCUUUCAGGAACUUGCUAAGCCAGAGGAUGUUCAGAUAAUGGUUGGCUGCAUUGAUUACAAAGUAAAGAAACCCCAGUGUAUUCCAAGUGAUAUUUUCAAUGUAAUUUUGGCAUGUCUCUCAAGGGCACCUGAUAAAAGGCCUUCUUUUGGGGCCAUACGCAGUUCAUUGCAGGAUAUACUAAACAAGGCAAAAGCUCAAAAACGCCAUGAUCCAGAGGAGAACGGUUUCCCAAGGGUGCCCAUGGCAGGGGAUUUUCUCAAGAGAACAGAGGAAAUUGUGACAAAAGUAAGCAGUGCCAUUAAAGAACACAAGAAAUGGAUGAAGGGGCGCUUUGCUGCAAACUUGAAAGUCACAACAUUUCCAACACCACAAAAAUCAGUGGAGAGGUGUUUGCUGGAGUGUAAGAAAAGAGCAAAACUAGUGUCAGGAAAGGGCCUGAGAGAACACCUACCACCAGACCCAGCGCUCGUUAAAGUUCUGAGGAGCUUAGUCAGCUUUGGAAAUGAAAACAGAAAUCUGGCAGCCAUUUCUUUCCCAACAGAUGGAGAUCUAAACGAGUCUUGCUUUGGGACAUUCGACCAGAAUGUAUCUUCAUGGAAAAACAGGAGUGGGUCAAGUUUGAGUGGUCAUCUGGUGCACACUAGAUACUCUGAAGGCUUGCUAGCCUCCUUAUUCAAAGCACCCCCUGCUCUUAAUCGUAUGAUCCCUAAAAUUACCAAUUUUGGAAGAUGUAAGCAUCUGCAUGCAGAGAAUAAUGCUGAAGGCAGUAUCUCCGACCCAGGGGUGAUCCCUGCAGAUUUUGAGUGGUAUCCAAUAGAAAUUCUUCUGGAUUUGGAUCAUCCAUACAUCUGUUGUAAAACUAGCAGCUACAUGCUAGCAAUGCUCUGCUGGCAAAUGUUCAAUGAAAUGAGUCCAAAGGAUAGAAGAAGGCCUUUUGGUUGCGAACAUGUAGAUGAAGUGAAAGAACUGCUCCUGAAGAAAAUCACACCAGAGCAGCCAACAGAAUGUCCUGAGUGGUUAUACCUUUGGAUGAAAAAGGCCUGGAGAGAUCUAUCUGUCCGCCCUGCUUUGAAAACACUUAUUGCUUGGUUAAAAUCAAGAGAGAAGUUAGAAAAUGAAUAUUUGAAGAUAUUUAAGAAUGCAACAGUUUUGAAUGCUGUGACACUUACAGCACAGAAGACUUGCACAGAAGAUGGUAAAAAUACACAUGAUUCCACUGAUAGAUGCCUAGAAGAGGCACCUGAAUACUACUUGCAGGGUUUAAUAUGGUUUAAACCCACUAUGGAAAACACAAAUGCCUCUGAAAAAUCCCUUCUUCAGACAUAUACAUAUGCAUAUUGCAAAACAGCUACUGGUGAAGGUCAACAUACUGGAUGGCAACCACCAAAUUAUUAUAGUUUUGUUGCAAGUCAUAAGGAAGACGAUUGCUCACUAAGUGGCAAGUGUUAUGUUGGUGAGACAAAAACAUGUCAGAACAAAAAUACUGUGUCCCAAAUGUCAAAUUUAUCGAACCCAAUAAUGGAAAAGACUGUCCAGCACCAUUACUUAUCAAUCCCAAGUUUUCCAAGACCAGAGUGUGAAAAUGGAAAUACACUUGGAAAUCAACAGGAGGAUGUUUAUGAAGAUAUUGAUACAGUUAUGAACAAUAACAAACAAACUGAUCAGGAAGUUCCCAUUUUGACUGACAUACAGAAAUCAUUACAUAUCAAUGACAGUCCAUUGAUGAUGUGCGCAGAUUGUGCUUGCACAAAUGGAAAUGGUGAAUACAAGACAACAGCACCACGCAACAGCAUGACUGUUAACACUUCCCUUCCAUGCGAUGUUGAAAAUGCCAGUGCAUCGCAUCAGAAGACAGACAUGGCUGUUGAGGAAUUUUACAAUGAUGAUUAUGACUAUGUGGAUGAAUCAACACAAUAUGAAAAAUUACAUGCAAUUAAUGGGGAGAACACACCUUCUGAUGAUGAAGAACCAAUUUACACAGAGUUAAUUAUAGAUCCUAUAGAGGAAGAGAACACUGAAAGUGCUGGCAAGAAUUUCAGCACCCAACCUCAGAACUUACAGGAAUUCUCCACUGUGGAUCAGGAGGCAAACGGAGAUGUAGAUGUUCAUAGAAAGGAAAUUUGGAACCCAUGUGAAACUGUGUGGAAGCGUGGAGAAACAGUGAGGUGCCCUAUACAGCGAGGCAGGCGGCCAAAAUUUAAGGUAGACAGGACCAGAACAGAGGAACCAGGAUGUUGUGAUUAUGUCAAUCAAACUAGAAAACUAGAUCAAUCAACUACAGUCAACCAAGAAAAGAACAGUAAACCCUCUCAAAGUUUACCCAAGACCAGUCCAGAAACAUUUGCAAAUGACAGCUUAGGUGAUGGAACCUCAAACAGUCUGAACAGCAAUUUUUCUAUUAGAGAUACUGAUACUGCAGAUGAUUACGAUGAUGUUUUCCCUGCAAACCUGAGUAAGCUAUCACAUCCAAGGACCAAAUGAUAUACCAUGUCAUGAUAUGAAGGGUGAUAUUCACAGGUGAUUGUUUCUUUAUCCUUGUCUGCAUGGAUCAAGAAACAUAGAUCUUGACUG